UGGCCGACAACGGUAUCCCAGCGCUUAACAGCUCUCUCUCUCUCUCUCUCACCAAAUAGUAACAGUGGAUAAGCCCUCUCUUGAGAUUCGAGACAUUCAUUCUGCUCUCAACCAUGCGAGCUCUGGUUCUUGGGCUUCCAUCCCUCAAUCCCUGCAAUUGCCGGAAACAACAGUGCAGGAAGCUGUUUACCAGAACACAUGGGCUCGGUUUCUCAAACCCAUCUCGGCUAGAAACCAUGUCCUCUUGUCGAGCCCCACCCAGAGAUUUUAGUAGUAUCCUUAUGCAAGCUGUUGAAGAAGAUUACGAGUUGAGGCAAAUGAAGGAUAUGGCUGCGGCUCGAAAGAGAUGGGAAGCUUUGGUUAGGGAAGAAAAAGUCAAAGUUCUGACACCGAGAGAAGCGGGCUAUGCAAUUCAACUAUCUAACAAAACCUUAUUAGAUGUUCGUCCCUCUAAGGAGCAUGGAAGGGCAUGGGUUAAGGGCUCAACAUGGAUUCCAAUCUUUGAAGUUGACAAUAAAUUCGAUGUUGGAAAUCUUUCUAGACAGUUCACAAACUUCAUAAUGGGUGGUUGGUGGAGUGGUGUGCCAACAUUGUCCUAUGAUGCCCAAUUUUUAUCAAAAGUUGAGGCAAAGUUCCCAAAAGAUGCAGACCUUAUUGUUGCAUGCCAGAAGGGAUUAAGAUCUCUGGCAGCUUGUGAGCUCCUAUAUAAUGCUGGUUACACAAACCUUUUCUGGAUUCAAGGGGGCUUCGAGGCUGCUGAAGAAGAGGAUCUUGAGAGGGAAGGUCCCCAGCCUUUUAAGCUUGCUGGAAUUGGUGGAGUCUCCGAGUUCCUUGGUUUUACUGAUCAACAAAGAGCAGCUGCCGCUAAGGAGGGUUGGGGCUAUCGAUUAGUUUUCUCUGCCCGACUGGUUGGAAUUUUUCUUCUUGCGGAUGCCUUGUUUAUUGGGGCUCAGCAAGUCGGCCGUUAUCUUCAGGAUGUAAGAUCUCACUGAGUUCUUGUGACUAGAUCUAAAAUGAAACUAAAACUAAAAAAAAAUCAGCAAGCUGAAAAUUUUGAGUUCCAGAACAUCUAAUUAAGACCAGAGGCUUUCUGGCAUCUCAAUUU